AUGCCGUCCAAUCCGGGUUGGGUAAAGCAGCUGACUGUGGCCGAGCCGCAGGGAGGCGACCUGCUCGCCAAGGAGCGCGCAGGAAGCAACAUCAAUGUCGACCAGCUGGCCGAGUACAUGUUCACCAAGGAGACCCUGGAGAAGCGGGAGCGCAUCCUCAAGAUCCUCGUCGAGGACCCCGUCUUCGACAAGUCGCAGAACUACUUCCAGGGUCGCGAGUCCCGCAUCGAGGCCUCCCUGGCCAAGGGGAAGCGGUUGCGCCAGCUGACGGUCAAGCACAACUGGACCCAGGAUGACUAUGUCGUUGCCAACGACCUCCUCAGCGAGCCCACUCCUUACGGCCUGCAUGCCACCAUGUUCCUGGUCACCCUGCGUGAGCAGGGCACACCGGAGCAGCACAAGCUCUUCCUGGAGAGGGCACAGAAGUACGAGAUCAUUGGAUGCUACGCCCAGACUGAGCUCGGCCACGGGUCCAAUGUCAGGGGCCUCGAGACCACGGCCACGUGGAACCAGAACGACAAGACCUUUACCAUCCACUCGCCACACCUCACUUCAUCCAAGUGGUGGAUCGGAUCGCUCGGCAAGGCUGCAAACCACGCCGUCGUGAUGGCACAGCUCAUCAUCGACGGCAAGCGCUACGGACCUCACCCUUUUGUGGUCCAAAUCAGAGACCUCAAGACCCAUGAGCCUCUGGAGAACGUCCAUGUCGGCGACAUCGGCCCCAAGUUCGGCUACAACACCAUGGACAAUGGCUUCCUCCUGCUCAACCACGUCAAGGUUCCGCACGUCAACAUGCUUGCCAGAUUCUCGCGAGUGGACCCCGGGUCCGGCAAAUACGUUCGCCCUGCGAACCCCUCGGCCGUGUACGGAACCCUCACCUGGGUCCGCAGUACUAUUGUUCUCCAGUCAGGGUCCGUCUUGGCCCGUGGUGUCACUAUCGCCACCCGCUACUGCGCCGUCCGCCGACAGUUCCAGGAUAUGGAUGCUAAGGGCAACGUGGGCGAGAACCAGGUGAUCAACUACACCAUGGUCCAGUAUCGUCUGCUACCUCUUUUGGCUGCUACGUUUGCUCUCCACUUCACCGGCCGUGGCAUGAUCCGCUUGUACGAGGAGAACCAGAAGCGCACAGCAGCCAAGCAAGAGGCUAGCCAGCUGAGCGACUCGAACCGCCGCCCCGGCCCCGAGGAGCUCAACCCCGGCGCCGAUUUGCUGGCCGACCUGCACGCCACGUCCUGCGCACUCAAGUCAUACGGCAGCACAGUGGCGGGUGAAGGUCUCGAGGCCUGUCGUCGGGCCUGUGGUGGCCACGGCUACAGCUCCUUCUCUGGCAUCGGCACCUGGUAUGCUGACUACCUACCAACUCUUACCUGGGAGGGUGACAACUACAUGUUGACGCAGCAGGUCUGCCGUUACCUGUUGAAGUCUGCGCGCGCUGUGCUGUCAGGCAAGGCGUCGGAGAACGACACUUCUCGCAUCCUGAAGGCGUUCCUGGCUCGCCGUGACACGGGAGCUGCGUUUGAUGUGCUGGCCUCAGACACCGACCUCGUGGAUGCCUUUGCCUGGCGUGUCGCAUACCUCACGUUCGAGGCUCUUCAGCACCGCGACGUCGAGAAGCAGUCGUGGAACAGCUUGCUUGUCGACUUCUACCGCCUGAGCACCGCACACGCACAGUACAUGGUGGUCAAGUCCUUCUACGACGCGCUCGUGGAGGAGUCGACCCGCAGCUCUCUCGACCGCCAGACCCUGGCAGUCCUGCACAAGCUUUUCCGCCUCUUCGCUCUCCACACCCUGGAGCGUGAGGCGUCUGAAUUUUUCUCAAGCAGCGCAACCACGGUGCGCCAGAUCACGCUUACGCGCAAGGCCGUCAUGAAGCUUCUCGAGGAGAUCCGGCCACACGCUGUCAGACUCGUGGACUCGUGGAAGUUCCCAGACUGGCAGCUUGAUUCCAGCUUGGGACGCUAUGACGGCAAGGUCUACGAAGAUAUGUUUUACAGGGCCAGCGAGCUCAAUCCCCUAAACAAGGUGGUUUUCGAUCCGUACCCGGAUAGUCCCGUUCUGUUCAAGAAGGACGAGCGCACCAAGAGCAAGCUAUAG